AUGUUCUCCUGUCUUACCCUCUUUCCAGUGGAUCCGUUUGUCUGUACAACUCAGGCCAUAGCUGACAUAGUGAUCCUGGUAGAUGGAUCCUGGAGCAUCGGCAGGAUCAACUUCCGCUUGGUCCGCAUGUUCCUGGAGAACCUGGUCAACGCUUUCAGCGUCGGGAUCGACGAGACCAGGAUAGGUAAGCAGUAGCAUCACUGUCUAUUAUUAACCAGGAUAGGUAAACAGUAGCAUCACUGUCUGUUAUUGACCAGGAUAGGUAAGCAGUAGCAUCACUGUCUGUUAUUGACCAGGAUAGGUAAGCAGUAGCAACACUGUCUGUUAUUAACCAGGGUAGGUAAGCAGUAGCAUCACUGUCUAUUAUUAACCAGGAUAGGUAAGCAGUAGCAUCACUGUCUAUUAUUAACCAGGAUAGGUAAGCAGUAGCAACACUGUCUAUUAUUAACCAGGAUAGGUAAGCAGUAGCAUCACUGUCUGAUAUUAGCCUUACUGUACUGUACUGUCACAGGGUUCAAUAGCUUUACUGUACUGUAUUGUCACAGGGUUCAAUAGCUUUACUGUACUGUACUAUCACAGGGUUCAAUAGCUUUACUGUACUGUACUGUCACAGGGUUCAAUAGCUUUACUGUACUGUACUGCCACAGGGUUCAAUAGCUUUACUGUACUGUACUGUCACAUGGUUCAAUAGCUUUACUGUACUGUACUGUCACAGGGUUCAAUAGCUUUACUGUACUGUAUUGUCACAGGGUUCAAUAGAUUUACUGUACUGUACUGUCACAGGGUUCAAUAGCUUUACUGUACUGUACUGUCACAGGGUUCAAUAGCUUUACUGUACUGUACUGUCACAGGGUUCAAUAGCUUUUCUGUACUGUACUGUCACAGGGUUCAAUAGCUUUACUGUACUGUACUGUCACAGGGUUCAAUAGCUUUACUGUACUGUACUGUCACAGAGUUCAAUAGCCUUACUGUACUGUACUGUCACAGGGUUCAAUAGCUUUACUGUACUGUACUGUCACAGGGUUCAAUAGCUUUACUGUACUGUACUGUCACAGGGUUCAAUAGCUUUACUGUACUGUACUGUCACAGGGUUCAAUAGCUUUACUGUACUGUACUGUCACAGGGUUCAAUAGCUUUACUGUACUGUACUGUCACAGGGUUCAAUAGCUUUACUGUACUGUACUGUCACAGGGUUCAAUAGCUUUACUGUACUGUACUGUCACAGGGUUCAAUAGCUUUACUGUACUGUACUGUCACAGAGUUCAAUAGCCUUACUGUACUGUACUGUCACAGCCUUAUCCUAAAAUGAAAUAUAUGUUAUUCUAUUCUAUUCUACUGUGUUCCCUCCCAGGUCUGGCCCAGUACAGUGGGGACCCCAGGAUAGAGUGGCAUCUGAAUGCCUUCAGCACUAAAGAUGCAGUACUGGAUGCUGUGAAGAACCUGCCCUACAAGGGAGGCAACACACUGACAGGUACGCUACACCAGCAGCUCCCUCUGACUUCAUCCCUAAUGACAGCUAUGGAAAGGUCAAAAUACAUUUAGCCCAGAGGGGGAUGUUAAGCAAUGCUUAAUACAAAAUCUACACAGAUGUACUGAAAUCUGUUUAUAGGGGGAUGUUAAGCAAUGCUUAAUACAAAAUCUACACAGAUGUACUGAAAUCUGUUUAUAGGGGGAUGUUAAGCAAUGCUUAAUACAAAAUCUACACAGAUGUACUGAAAUCUGUUUAUAGAUUUUUGCGUGAAUGUAAAGUGGUUAAUUAAGGGUAACAAGAGUCAAUGAGGAGGCUAUGUGACUUUUCGAGGUAUCAACCAGUGGAGCCAUCAUCAGUGAACUGUGUGUAUCUGUGUAGCUGUGUAUCUGUGUAUCUGUGUAUCUGUGUAACUGUGUAUCUGUGUAUCUGUCAAUCUGUGUAGCUGUGUAUCUGUGUAUCUGUGUAACUGUGUAUCUGUGUAACUGUGUAUCUGUGUAUCUGUCUAUCUGUGUAUCUGUGUAACUGUGUAUCUGUGUAUCUGUGUAUCUGUCUAUAUGUGUAUCUGUGUAUUUGUGUAUCUGUGUAACUGUGUAUCUGUAAAUCUGUGAAUCUGUGUAUCUGUGUAGCUGUGAAUAUGUGUAGCUGUGUAAUUAACUGUUUAACUCUGUAUAUCUUUGUGUAUCUGGGUACACUAAGUGUACAAAACAUUAGGAACACCUUCCUAAUAUUGAGUUGCAUCCCCUUUUUGCCCUCAGAACAGCCUCAAUUCGUUGGGGCAUGGACUCUACAAAGUGUCGAAGCGUUCCACAGUGAUGCUGGCCCAUGUUGACUCCAAUGCUUCCCACAGUUGUGUUCAAGUUGGCUGGAUUUCCUUUGGGUGGUGGACCAUUCUUGAUACACACAGGAAACUGUUGCGUGUGAAAAACCCAGCAGCGUUGCAGUUCUUGACACACUCAAACCGGUGUGCCUGGAACCUACUACCAUACCCCAUUCAAAGGCACUUUAAUAGUUUGUCUUGCCCAUUCACCCUCUGAAUGGCACACACACAAUCCAUGUCUCAAUUGUCUCAAAGCUUUAAAAUAAUUGGAAAUCCUUCUUUAACCUGUCGCCUCCCCUUCAUCUACACUGAUUUAAGUGGAUUUAACAAGUGACAUCAAUAAGGGAUCGUAGCGUUCACCUAGAUUCACCUGGUCAGUCUAUGUCAUGGAAAUAGCAUGUUUUGUCCACUCAGUGUAUCUGUGUAUAUCUGUGUAUCUCUGUAGGCCUGGCCCUGACCUAUAUCCUGGAGAACAGCUUCAAGCCCGAGUCGGGCUCCAGGAGUGGCGUACCCAAAGUUGGUAUCCUGAUCACAGAUGGGAAGUCCCAGGAUGAUGUGAUCCCCCCCGCCCAGAGCCUGAGGGACGCUGGCGUCGAACUCUUCGCCGUCGGUAGGACGCAGGGCCUUGUUGUCCUUACUGUAGUAUGAACACAUGAUGGUGUCUUUAGGUGAACCACAGUGCAUUCGGAAAGUAUUUAGACCCCUUGACUUUUUCCACAUUUUGUUACGUUACAGCCUUAUACUAAAAUUGAUUAAUUUGUUUUUUUCCCCCUCAACAAUCUACACACAAUACCGCAUAAUGACAAAGCAAAAACACGUUUUUAGACAUUUUUGAACAUUUAUUAAAAACUGAAAUAUGACAUUUACAUAAGUAUUCAGACCCUUUACUCAGUCUUUGUUAAAGCACUUUUGGCAGCGAUUACAGCCCCAAGUCUUCUUGGGUAUGACGCUACAAUCUUGGCACACCUGUAUUUGGGGAGUUUCUCCCAUUCUUCUCUGCAGAUCCUCUCAAGCUCUGUCAGGUUGGAUGGGGAGCGUUACUGCACAGCUAUUUUCAGGGCUCUCCAGAGAUGUUCGAUUGGGUUCAAGUCUGGGCUCUGGCUGGGCCACUCAAGGACAUUCAGAGACUUGUCCUGAAGCCACUCCUGUGUUGUCUUGGCUGUGUGCUUAGGGUCGUUGUCCUGUUGGAAGGUGAACCUUCUCCCCAGUCUGAGGUCCUGAGCGCUGUGGAGCAGGUUUUCAUCAAGGAUCUCUCUGUACUUUGCUCCGUUCAUCUUUGCCUCGAUGCUGACUUGUCCCUGCCGCUGGAAAACAUCCCACAGCAUGAUGCUGCCACCACCAUGCUUCACCGUAGGGAUGGUGCCAGGUUUCCUCCAGACGUGACGCUUGGCAUUCAGGCCAAAGAGUUCAAUCUUGGUUUCAUCAGACCAAAUAAUCUUGUUUCUCAUGGUCUGAGAAUCUUAAGGUGCCUUUUGGCAAACUCCAAGCAGGCUGUCAUGUGCCUUUUACUGAGGAGUGGCUUCCGUCUGAUUGGUGGAGCGCUGCAGAGAUCGUUGUCCUUCUGGAAGGUUCUCCCAUCUUCACAGAGGAACUCUAGAGCUCUGUCAGAGUGACCAUCAGGUUCUUGGUCACCUCCCUGACCAAGGCCCUUCUCCACUGAUUGCUCAGUUUGGCCGGGCGGCCAGCUCUAGGAAGAGUCUUGAUGGUUCCAAACUUCUUCCAUUUAAGAAUGAUGGAGGCCACUGUGUUCUUGGGGACCUUCAAUGCUGCAGAAAUGUUUUGGUACCCUUCCCCAGAUCUGUGCCUCGACACAAUCUUGUCUCGGAGCUCUACGGACAAUUCCUUCGACCUCAUGGCUUGGGUUUUUGCUCUGACAUGCACUGUCAACUGUGGGACCUUUAUAUAUAGACAGGUGUGUGCCUUUCCAAAUCAUGUCCAAUCAAUUGAAUUUACCACAGGUGGACUCCAAUCAAGUUGUAGAAACAUCUCAAGGAUGAUCAAUGGAAACAGGAUGCACCUGAGCUCAAUUUCUAGUCUCAUAGCAAAGGGUCUGAAUACUUAUGUAAAUAUGUUUAAAAAAAAAAAUAUAUAUAUAUAUAUAUAUAUAUAUAUAUUUUUUUUUUUAUAUACAUUUGCAAAAAAUUAUAAAAACCUGUUUUCGCUUUGUCAUUAUGGGGUAUUGUGUAUAGAUUGCUGAGAUUUUUUUAUUUAUUUAAUCCAUUUUAGAAUAAGGCUGUAACGUAACAAAAUGUGGAAAGAGUCAAGGGGUCUGAAUACUGUGAGACUUGAUGCUGUCGGUAGGACACAGUUAGUGUGCCAUGUAUGUUGUUUUAGAGGCAAAGGCUGACAUGGGCUGACAAUGUGACACAUUUGGAUAUACUUCUGCCCUUGAUCUUAAUCCUAAUCUUGAUCUUAAUCUUAAUUUAAAUCUUAAUCCUGAUCUUAAUCUUAAUCUUGAUUUUAGUGCUCUCUCUCCCUGUGUGCAGGUGUGAAGAAUGCUGAUGAGAAUGAGCUGAGGGCCAUAGCUUCUGAGCCUGACAACACUCAUGUGUACAACGUGGCAGACUUCAGCAUCAUGAGCUCUAUAAUAGAGGGACUUACCAAGAUAGUCUGUGAACGGGUAGAGGAGCAGGACAAGGAGAUCAAAGGUGAACAAAUCAAAUCAGAGAGCAAAGCUGUUGACACGUCAGUCAUCAUACUACUGUCUACCUUUACAGUACUGUCUCAUGCACUUAGACAUAGUGCACAGUCUUUAAUAUUGAGCAGGCCUCAGGUAGUCACUAGAAAUCUGAGCUGAAAUAACUCCUGUCUGUUUAAUACACUUCAUACUUAAUCAGCAUGCAUUUGAAUCAUCAUAAUGCUGUCCAUAUGUAGUGCAUACUGAAUAAACAGGUUCCAAAAGGGAUCUUCGGCUGUCCCCAUAGGAAUACCCUUUUGGGUUCCAUGUAUAACCCUCUAUGGAAUGAGUUCUACAUGGAACCCAAAAGGGUUCUACCUGGAGCCAAAAGGGUUCUAGCUGGAACCAAAAAGAGUUAUUCACAGGGUUAUCCUAUGGGGACAGCUGAAGAACCCUAGAUAGCACCAGAGUGUACUGUACAAACCUUCCAGACCAUACAUUCUCUAACCGUCCGUUAUAAUGUAUCUCCAGGAGAGACGGCAGGUAAGGAGACACAGGUAGCUCCUCGGGACCGAGUGACAUCAACAUGUCCUUACAGUACAGUAUACUGAACAGUCUUUCACCUUAUAUGAUGCUAUCCUGGACUAUCUGAAUGUAUGUUUCUCCAGGAGAGUCUGCAGAACAGGAGACACAGGGAGCUCCUCAGGACCUAGUGAUAUCAGAGGUGACAGCCAGGAGUUUCAGGGUGUCCUGGAGUCACGCCCCCGGCAGUGUAGAGAAGUACCGUGUGGUGUACUACCCUGCUACCCAGGGAGGACGGCCUGAAGAGGUAUACACUCACACACCAUCUUGCUCUCCCACCCAAUAGUUGUGUAUCCGUUUUUUUUAUGUCCAUCUGCUGCAGUUGAAACCAGGGGUCGUAACCUAAAUCAUUUUUCCAAUCGUUUUUUUCCGACUAGCAAAAUAAAGUUCUGAACCGGUUCGAACCAAAAAAAAUUACCAGUUUAUAUCAUUCCUUUCGGUUCCUUUUUUAACCUGUGAAAUCAACAGCUUUUUACAUUUAGCUCAUUAAAUAUCUUCACCAAUCAUUGCGGAUAGAGCAGGCAAGCUAGUUGCGCAAGAUGCAACGGAAAUUUUGCGGGUGGGGAGAGAUAAAGAGAGGGUUGAGGAGGAGGCUUGAAGCGCUCGGCAUCUUGUUAUGACAUGCAUUAUCUGAAUUAGGUCCACAUAAUUAUACCUAGGAGGAGCGGCUUCUAUGGAGGAACUUUGAAUGUCCUUUGAGCUAGCUAGCUAACAAGCUUGAGCUAGCUAGCUAGCUAACAAGCUUGUGUGUGCAGAGUGGCACCAGAAUUAAAAACACGUCUUGUCGUUUUGUAGUUAAUAAAUCCAACGUGAAACGUGAUAACUAGGCCUAUAGUAUCCUUAACUAGCAUUGACAGAGUGAGGGCUUUGCAUAGGCGCUUUGUUGCAUCCUUUUGUGGGACUAGAAAAAAAUGCCUGGAACGUUAAAUAACGUUAUUAACCGGUUCCCAUGCUUUUAAAAUAACGGUUCUGUUCUGGAACAGUAUGGAUCACUUUCGUUCCUGGUUCCGUUUCUGUUCCUUGAAAAAUGUCGUUAUUUUCCAGUUUUUCAGUUCUGUUCCCUGAACCGUUUCCAACCCUGGUUAAAACACACCCACUGUAAAUUCAGUGAGACACAAGACAAUAAAUGACUGAAUGCACACCUGAUACUGCAGUGAAAUGUCAGUCAUUCCCCUUGCCCUGUCUUCUGUCCUCCUCCAUCCCUCGCCUGAAUCCAUCCAGUACUCCAGUCAUAGUUGAAACACUCACUGGGAAAGACAACGGAGUGCACACGCGACACUUGCACUGUAAUUUCGGGGUCACACCCCUGGCCUCUAUCUGCGUUCCUGUGUCCCUCAUCCCCUGUAUCCAUCCAGUACUCCAGCUGUUUAGGGCGGUGUCCCAAAUGGUGCCCUGUGGGCCCUGUCAAAAGUAGUGCACUACAUAGGGAAUAGGGUGCCAUUUAGGACACAGCCUAGAUGUGUGCUGAUCAGAGAGGCUGGACUAUAGAGACGUAUGGCAGUAUUGCCAGGGGAGUUAGAUGUAGUUUCCUGAACACAUACAGGACUACUUUACUGGAUGUAUUGACUCCAGAUGUACAGGACUACAUUACUGAAUGUAUUGACUCCAGAUGUACAGGACUACUUUACUGGAUAUAUUGACUCCAGAUGUUCAGGACUACUUUACUGGAUGUAUUGACACCAGAUGUUCAGGACUACAUUACUGAAUGUAUUGACUCCAGAUGUACAGGACUACUUUACUGGAUGUAUUGACUCCAGAUGUACAGGACUACUUUACUGGAUGUAUUGACUCCAGAUGUUCAGGACUACAUUACUGAAUGUAUUGACUCCAGAUGUACAGGACUACUUUACUGGAUUACUGGAUGUAUGACUCCAGAUGUUCAGGACUACAUUACUGAAUGUAUUGACCUCCGAUGUACAGGAUACUUUACUGGAUAUAUGACUCCAGAUGUUCAUGACUACAUUACCAAUGUAUUGACUACAAAUGUAAGGACCUACUUACUGGAUUGAUUGCCUCCAGAUGUACAGGACUACUUUACUGGAUGUAUUGACUCCAGAUGUUCAGGACUACAUUACUGAAUGUAUUGAUCCAGAUGUACAGGACUAUUUACUGGCGAUAUUGACUCCAGCUGUUCAGACUACAUUACUGGAAUGUAUUGAUCCCGAUGUACAGGACUACUUUACUGGAGUAUUUGACUCAGAUGUUCAGGAAUACUUUACUGGAUGGAUUGACGCCAGCUGUUAGGACUACUUUUACUGGAUGUAUGAUCCAGAUGACAGGAACUACUUUACUAGAUGUAUUAAACCCAGAUGGUCAGGAACUACUUUACGGGAUGUAUUGAUCCAGAUGUACAGGGCUACUUUACUGGAUGUAUUGACUCCAGAUGUUCAGUCUCUGUGUAUCUCUCAGACCCAGUCUCUGUGUAUCUCUCUGACCCAGUCUCUGUGUAUCUCCCUGACCCAGUCUCUGUGUAUCUCUCUGACCCAGUCUCUGUGUAUCUCUGUGUAUCUCUGUGACCCAGUAUCUGUGUAUCUCUAAGACCAAGUCUCUGUGUAUUUCUGUGUAUCUCUCUGGCCCAGUCUCUGUGUAUCUCUCUGACCCAGUCUCUGUGUAUCUCUCUGGCCCAGUCUAGCUGUAUCCUUCUCUCCCAGUCUCUGUGUAUCUCUCUGGCCCAGUCUCUGUGUAUCCCUCUGACCCAGUCUGUGUGAAUAUCUCUGUAUCUCUCUGACCCAUUCUCUGUGUAUCUCUCUGACCCCAGUCUCUGUGUAUCUCUGUGUAUCUCUCUGACCCAGUCUCUGUGUAUCUCUCUGACCCAGUCUCUGUGUAUCUCUUUGACCCAGUCUCUCUGUAUCUCUCUGACCCAGUCUCUGUGUAUCUCUGUGUAUCUCUUUGACCCAGUCUCUCUGUAUCUCUCCCAGUCUGUGGUGGACGGCACAGUGAACUCUGUGGUUGUGCAGAAUCUCAACUCCUUGACAGAGUACCAGUUAGCUGUGUUUGCUGUCUACACCAGCUCAGCUAGCGAGGCACUUCGUGGCAGCGAGACCACAUGUGAGUCCACCUCCCUUCUCAUUGUCAGCAAGACUAUUUUCUACAGUUGUUAUUUUUUCCUCAGCUCCUGUGCCAAGUUGGAUGUGUGUAAACAUACUCUUUCACCUAGGUUUAACCCACAUUUAUGUGUGUGUGUUUGUGUCUGUAUGUCUGUGUGUCUGUGUGUGUUUGUGUGUGUGUCUGUUCGUUCCUGUGUCUGUGUGCGUUCCUGCGUGUCUUCACGUGUGUCUCAGUGGCUCUUCCCAUGGUGAACGGCCUGGAGCUGUACGAUGUUACCCACAACACUAUGCGGGCGCGGUGGAGCGGUGUGCAGGGCGUCUCUGGGGUACACGGUCCUCUACGCCCCCCUUGACCGAGGACGGGACCUCCGACGAGAAAGAGGUACCCCAGCCAGAGGGCUGCGAGCCUGGGUGGGAUCGGUCUGGGGGAGGGUUCUUCCUGGAGGGGCUGGUGGUGGUCCGUGUCUCUUUUCUUCUGGUGAAAUCUAGCAUGAAUACUCCCUAGUUACUAAACCACAGGAUCACCGGGGUGGUAGGCUUUGUGUCAGUGGAUCUGGUGCUAAACUGAAAAGAAACUCCAGCAGCACACUGGUGAUCUUGAUGCUUCAGAGGUUUAUUGGAUCUGGUGGUGUCAUGGAGGCAGGAGAGGCCUCAAUAAGAGGACUUCCUCUGUCCCUGUCUCUGUCCCUAUCCCUGUCUCUAGAGAAAAUGUUGCAGUUUUAAAGAAAGUUUGCUUCAAUUCUACUCAUUUUGCCAGGGGGCGGAGAGAAGAUUUUGCAGUUUUUUAACUAAUUUCAUGCAAUUCUACUCAUUUUGCCAUGGGGCAGAGAGAAUAUUUGUCACGUACGUUAAGAGAGGGGUCGGACCAAGGCGCAGCGUGAAAGGCGUACAUGUUUAUUGAACUAAUAAACACACGACACAGUAACCAAAAUAACAAACUUAACCGUGACGGUCCAAAGGGCUAACACACAAGCCUAAACAGGAACACAACAAGAUCCCACAACACAGGCAGGAAAACUGGCUGCCUAAGUAGAGACAACGAGCGACAGCUGCCUCUGAUUGGGAACCACACCCGGCCAAACAUAGAAAUACAAACCUAGAAUAUUCACACCCUGACCAAACUAGCUAGAGUUCUAUAGGCCAGGGCGUGACAAUAUUUAGCAAUUUUAUAACUAAUUUCAUACAAUUCUACUCAUUUUGCCAUGGGUCGGAGAGAAGAUUUUGCAAUUCUAUAACUAAUUUCAUGCAAUUCUACUCAUUUUGACAUGGGGGCGGAGAGAAGAUUGAGCAAUUUUAUAACUAAUUUCAUACAAUUCUACUCAUUUUGCCAUGGGGCGGAGUGUGAUGAGUGUGAUAGAAGGAGUCAGGCGCAGGAGGGUAUUCACCGAAUGCAGAGUUUAUUCCGUCGUACACACAUAGCGACAAACGAAACAGGCACAGGGGACAUAUCUACCCUGGCAAUACAUUUACAUUACAUUUUAGUCAUUUAGCAGACGCUAAUUAUCCAGAGCAACUUACAGUUAGUGAGUGCAUACAUUAUUUGUUAUACCCCCCGUGGGAAUCGAACCCACAACCCUGGCGUUGCAAACGCCAUGCUCUACCAACUGAGCUACAUCCCUGCCGAACAUUCCCUCCCCUACCCUGGGCCAAUUGUGCGCCGCCCCAUGGGUCUCCCGGUCGCGGCCGGCUACGACAGAGCCUGGAUUCGAACCAGGAUCUCUAGUGGCACAGCUAGCACUGCAUCGCAGACCACUGCGCCACUCGGGAGAGUAUACAAGCUACAAUACAAGGUAACAAUAGCUCCAACAAUAACAGGCACAGGGGAAAUAUCUACCCCGGCAAUAACAAGGUACGAGUAGCUCCACCGAGCUACACUACUAUCACAAAGAAACAAUCACCCACAAGGACAAGGGGGGCAGAGGGAACACUUAUACACUGACUAAUGAGGGUAUAAGAACCAGGUGUGUGUGAUUGACAAGACAAGACAAAUGGAAUGAUGAAUAAUGGAGCGGCAGUGGCUAGUAAGCCGGUGACGCCGAACGCCGAAGCCUGCCUGAACAAGGGGGGGAGGCAGCCUCGGCGGAAGUCGUGACAAUACCCCCCCCGACCUCGGCGACGGCCAGGAGGACGCGGAGCAGGGCGAGCCGGAUGGUGACGGUGGAAAUCCCGCAACAGGGAGGGAUCGAGGAUAUCCCUCACCGGGACCCAGCACCAUUCCUCCGGACCGUACCCUUCCCACUCCACAAGGUACUGAAGGCCCCCCACCCGACGCCUCGAAUCCAGGAUGGAACAGACCGAGUACGCCGGGGCCCCCUCGAUGUCCAGAGGAGAUGGAGGAACCUCCCGCACCUCAGACUCCUGGAGCGGACCAACCACCACCGGCCUGAGGAGAGACACAUGAAACGAGGGGUUAAUACGGUAAUCAGGGGGAAGUAAUAACCUAUAAGUGACCUUGUUGAUUCUCCUCAGGACUUUGAACAGCCCCACAACCGCAGGCUCAGCUUCCGGCAGGGCAGGCGGAGGGGCAGAUUCCGGGUCGAGAGCCAGACCCGAUUCCCCGGUACGAAGACCGGGGCCUCACUGCGGUGACGGUCAACACCAAGCUACAAAACAGGGUAAUCAGCAAUAAAGUACGUACACAAUACACAGGACACAACAGUAUCCACACUCACAUAAAGAAAUGGAUUCUAACAAAGUUACCAAUAGGGUAACCAACAACUUAGUGAGUACACAACACACAGGACACCACCGUGUCCAUACUCACAUAUGGCAAAAAUCUCUCUCUCUUGCAACACACACAAGUUUGGUUUUUAUAAAAUGGGAUGUGUGAUUGAACAAACGAGUAACAGGUGGUGCAAUUCACAGGAAUGUUCACUGAUUGGUCCAAUCAUCAGACACCCCAACGACCACCAAUCAGGAACAUACAGGACACCUGUGAUUAGGGCAGAAAGAGUAGAAACACACAAAAACACAGGAUACCUGUAUCCGUAACAGUCAGCGUUGGCCUUCUGACGACGCACAGCGCGCUGUAGGUGAACGUUGGCAGCGUCCCACGUCUCCUCCGCGCGCCAAAACCAGUCAUCCACCACAGGAGCCUCGGUCUGGCUCUGGUGCCACGGUGCCAGAACCGGUUGGUAACCUAAAACACAUUGGAAUGGCGUUAGGUUAUUAGAGGAGUGGCGGAGAGAGUUCUGGGCAUAUUCUGCCCAUGGCAAGAACACCGACCACUCCCCCAGCCGGUCCUAGCAGUAGGAACGCAGGAACCUACCCACAUCCUGAUUUACCCGUCCCACCUGCCCAUUUGACUCGGGGUGGAACCCAGAGGUCAGGCUGACCGAGACCCCCAGACGUUCCAUGAAUGCCUUCCAAACCUUGGACGUGAACUGGGGACUUCGGUCGGACACUAUAUAUCCUCUGGCACCCCGUAGUGCCGGAAGACGUGAGUAAACAGGGCCUCCGCAGUCUGCAGGGCAGUGGGGAGAACGGGCAGAGGAAGGAGGCAGCAGGACUUGGAAAAGCGGUCCACAACGACCAGGAUGGUGGUGUUACCUUGGGAGAGGGGAAGAUCAGUCAAUAAAUCAACACUAAGGUGAGACCAUGGUCGUUGUGGAACUGGUAAAGGUUGUAACUUACCUGCUGGGAGGUGCCUAGGUGCCUUACUCUGGGCACACACCGAGCAGGAGGAGACGUACACCUUCACGUCCUUAGCCAAGGUAGGCCACCAGUACUUUCCGAUCAGGCAGCGCACUGUACGAACGAUACCUGGGUGACCAGAGGAGCGUGACGUGUGUGCCUAGUAGAUCAGACGAUCACGGAUAAGAGCAGGCACGUACCGCAGCCCAGCUGGACACUGAGGUGGAGAUGGAUCUGUGCGUAAUGCCUGCUCUAUAUCCGCAUCCAUCGCCCAUACUACCGGCGCCACAAUGCAGGAGUAUGGGGGUGUUGUCUCUGGGCCUCUCCUCUGUGUCAUACAGCCGGGACAGUGCGUCUGCCUUCACAUUCUUCGUACCCGGAAUGUAUGACAGUGUAAAAUCAAACUGGGUGAAGAAUAGGGCCCACCUGGCCUGGCGAGGAUUCAGCAUCCUCGCUGCCCGGGUGUACUCCAGGUUACGGUGGUCUGUCCAGACGAGGAAAGGGUGUUUCGCCCCUUCGAGCCAAUGCCUCCACACGGUCAAAGCUCGGACAACAGCCAACAGCUCCUGAUCACCAACGUCGUAGCUCUGCUCCGCCGGGCUGAGCUUCUUAGAGAAGAAGGCACAGGGGCGGAGCUUGGGUGGCGUGCCCGAGCGUUGGGAUAGGACAGCGCCUAUCCCUACCUCGGACACAUCCACCUCCACUACGAACGGUAGUGAUGGAUCGGGGUGGGCCAAUACGGGGGCUGAGGUGAACAGACCCCGCAGUCUCCUGAAGGCCAGGUCAGCCUCAGCAGACCAGCGGAGCUGGGUUGGCCCACCCUUCAACAGGAAUGUAAAGGGAGCUGCGACCUUGCCAAAGCCCCGGAUAAACCUCUGAUAGUAGUUGGCAAAGCCAAGAAAGCGCUGCACCUCCUUAACCGUGGUUGGAGUCGGCCAAUUACGCACGGCUGAAAUGCGAUCUCCCUCCAUCUCCACAACUGAGGUGGUAAUGCGGUAUCCGAGGAAGGAGACGGACUGCUGGAAAAACAUACACUUCUCUGCCUUGGCAUAAAGGUAAUUUUCCAACAGUCGGGCCAGCACUUUGCGAACCAGAGACACAUGCUCGGCGCGCGUAGCAGAAUACACCAGGAUGUCAUCGAUGUAGACCACCACACUGCGACCAAGCAUGUCCCGAAACACCUCAUUCACAAAGGACUGGAAGACGGAUGGAGCAUUCAUCAAACCAUAGGGCAUCACCAGGUAUUCAUAAUGCCCCGUGGUUGUGCUGAAUGCUGUCUUCCACUCCUGAACACGCACCAGGUUGUAUGCACUCCUGAGUUCUAAUUUGGUGAAGAAGCGUGCCCCAUGCAUUGACUCAAUCACUGAAGGAAUGAGGGAGAGAGGAUAACUAAAUCUUAUAGUCUCCUUGUUCAGUGAUCGAUAAUUAAAGCACGGGUACAGACCGCCGUCUUUCUUCUUCACAAAGAAGAAACUCGAGGAGGUGGGUGAAGUGGAGGGACGUAUAUACCUCUGGCCCAGGGACUCGGUGACGUAUGUUUCCAUAGCUUCCGUUUCAGCCUGCGACAGGGGGUACACAUGACUCCUGGGAGGUACAGCGUCUACCCGAAGGUUCAUCGCGCAAUCCCCCGCCCAAUGAGGUGGUAAUUUUGUCGCCUGUGUCUUAGAAAACACGUGCGCCAGAUCAUUGAUUUCGGGGGGGGGGGGGGGGGGGGGGGGGGGGGGAUGCGCAUGGUGGAGGUGCCGUCUGGACUUUCCACCGUGGUUGCACCAACGGAAACACCUAGACACCUACCCUGACACUCUCGCGACCACCCCGUGAGAACCCUCUGCGGCCAUGAGAAGGUGGGGUUGUGGAGUGCUAGCCAAGGGAUACCUAAUACCACAGGGAAAGCAGGAGACUCAAUAAUCGAAAAAGUAACCUGUUGACUACAACGUGUGGUGUACUGUCCCUUCGUGCCACCAGAGUGGCACUGUCGCUGUCGUCCUCCGCUUUCUCGGACGGCGGCUCCACUCAGCUCCAUCAGCUCGGGAGUCGUCCGGGGUGGAAACGGGCAGACCCCUAUCAGGACGUCCUCUGGCUGCCAGCAGGUUGUCCAAACGGAUGGCCAUGUCCACCAGUUUUGUAAAAGACAACAUGGUGUCCCGGCAGGCUAGCUCCCGUCGGACGUCCUCCCGCAGAUGGCACCGGAAAUGGUCGAUCAGAGCCCGCUCGUUCCACCCAGACCCCGCUGCCAGAGUCCGAAACUCCAACGCGAAGUCCUGCCUCAGGUGGACCAGCCGCUCGCCCGCCUCUCGACCCUCGGGCGGGUGAUCGUAGACCGCCCGAAAGAGGCGAGCGAACUCCCCGUAGUCCUCCAAUGCGGCUCCUCCUUCGUUCCAAACCGCGUUGGCCCACUCCAGGGCUUUCCCCGAGAGGCAGGAAACGAGGACGGACACCUUCUCCCGCUCCGAUGGCGCCGGCCUGAUGCUGGAGAAGUAAAGCUCCAGUUGGAGGAGGAAUCCUUGGCAGAGCACCGCCGUCCCGUCGAACACCCGUGGUAGGGAUAUCUGGAUCCCUCCGGGUGCUGGGGUGUAGGUUGCUGGAUCCGGUUGGCCAGCUGGUCUCGACAGAUCGGGUUCUCUCCUCUCCAGGCGUUGGAAGACCUGAAGAACCCGAUCCAUCACUUCCCCCAACCUGGCCAGCAUCGUGGACUGCUCCUGGACCCGUGCCACGACUCCAGGCAUGCGCUCUUCUCCCGCUGACACCAUAGCGGGUGGGUGAUUCUGUGAUGAGUGUGAUAGAAGGAGUCAGGCGCAGGAGGGUAAUCACCGAAUGCAGAGUUUAUUCCGUCGUACACGCAUAGCGCUAGAUAGCGAAAAAACGAAACAGGCACAGGGGAAAUAUCUACCCCGGCAAUAGAAGGUACGAGUAGCUCCACCGAGCUACACUACUCUCACAAAGAAACAAUCACCCACAAGGACAAGGGGGGCAGAGGGAACACUUAUACACAGACUAAUGAGGGGAUAAGAACCAGGUGUGUGUGAUUGACAAGACAAGACAAAUGGAAUGAUGAAUAAUGGAGCGGCAGUGGCUAGUAAGCCGGUGACGACGAACGCCGAAGCCUGCCCGAACAAGGAGGGGAGGCAGCCUCAGCAGAAGUCGUGACACGGAGAGAAGAUUUAGCAAUUUUAUAACUAAUUUCAUGCAAUUCUACUCAUUUCGCCAUGGGGCUGAGAGGAAAAUUAGCUCUUUUACAUUUUGCCAUAGGGUGGAGAGAAAUGUUAGAAUUUUUUUAUAUGAUAUCUGAGUGAGACUGACUAACAAAAUCAAUGGGGGACCCUGGUCGGUAGUUCGACCAUGAUAGCAAGUUUAGAUAGCUGUCUGCUAAACUAAUUUAGCAAUCCAAAAAAAAAAUUGCUGAUAUGGGCUAAUUGACUGACUAUCAGUGACUGACGUAACAAGAGGAAAACUGCUGAUGCACAACCACAUUUAGAAAUUGUGUAUUCUACUAUUCUAACUCUGAACCGUAAGUUGAGACCCAGACUGAGUUCCUAAAAAAUAUAUAUAUUAUCAGAGGGCCUUCAAAAGGGGUGCCGCGGGCCGGAAUAUUCCAGAAGAUGCCUCAGAAAUAAUACUGUACAUUCUAUAAAGCUUUUUUCAGACAGUGGAAAGAAGUUACAUGUUUCAUAUUGAAUUAUUCUCCGUACUAAUCAGGCUUCCAGAUGGUACUUCUUGGGUUGAGUCCCAAUGGCACCCUAUUCCCUAUAUAGUCCACUACAUUUGAAAAUACAAAUACUACAAAAGUAGUGCACUAUAUAAGGAAUAGGGUGUCAUUUGGAACGCACCCCACUGUGUCACCAGGACCUUCACUGGUGCCACGUUUUUCCCAUUUCCCAUUAAACCAACAGAUGAAGGUGUCAGACGCAGUAACUGAUCUGGAGCUAGAGGCCUUGACUCCUGCUACAGAGUACACUGUGACAGUCUAUGCCAUGUAUGGAGAAGAGGCUAGUGAUCCUAUGACUAACCAGGAGACCACCUGUGAGUGUCCUCUCAAACUUACUGUAACAUAUUCAACAAUUCAGAUAAAGGAGAGAUAUACUGUAUAUCUUCCUGUCUUCAGAAGUUGUAACUAUCUCUUGUAGCUGUAUAGCACUUUGUGACAACUGCUGAUGGAAAAAGGGCUUUAUAAAUACAUUUGAUUGAUUGAUUGAUCUCUGCAACAUGACAUAUUGAGUUAACCCCUUUGUGUCUACAGUGUCACUGAGCCCUCCCAAGAACCUUGUGUUCUCUGAGGUGGACCACAACUCAGCCAAACUGUCGUGGGAAGCUGCCUCUAGGAAGGUGACAGGAUACCGCAUCAUGUACGUCAAGACUGGCGGGCUACAGACUAAUGAGGUGAGAGACAAGACUAGGGGAUUUAACCUAGAACAAGACUAGGGAUUUAACCUAGAGUUAUCCAUAUAUUGCAUCUGACUUCCUCCUCCUCUCUCUCUCUCUCUCUCUCUCUUCUCUCUCUCUCUCUCUCUCUCUCUUCUCUCCUCUCUCUCUCCUCUCUCUCCUCUCUCUCUCUCUCUCUCCUCUCUCUCUCUCUCUCUCUCUCUCUCUCUCUCUCUCUCUCUCUCUCUCUCUCUCUCUCUCUCUCUCUCUCUCUCUCUUCUCUCUCUUCUCUCAAUACUGUGUGUCUCUGUUUCCCCUUAGGUGGAGGUGGGUCCAGUCACGUCCUGGACUCUAAAUGACCUGACGUCUGUAAUGGAGUAUGAGGUGGCCAUCUUUGGGAUCUACAACGAGGGCCAAUCAGAAGCCCUCUCUGGCAUGUUCACCACCGGUAAGAACCAAUCAGAGUCUAUCAGAGUAGUGCCAGAUGGCAGGGUUGGCACUUUAGGAGCUAUUUUAUUGGUACUAACCAGGUCAGAGUACUACUGUAGUAUGAGUUCUUCCUAUUGGUACUAACCAGGUCAGAAUACUACUGUAGUAUGAGUUCUUCCUAUUGGUACUAACCAGGUCAGAGUAGUACUGUAGUAUGAGUUCUUCCAAUUGGUACUAACCAGGUCAGAGUACUACUGUAGUAUGAGUUCUUCCUAUUGGUACUAACCAGGUCAGAGAAGUACUGUAGUAUGAGUUCUUCCUAUUGGUACUAACCAUGGUCAGAGUAGUAAUGUAGUAUGAGUUCUUCCUAUUGGUACUAACCAGGUCAGAGUAGUACUGUAGUAUGAGUUCUUCCUAUUGGUAAUAACCAGGUCAGAGUAGUACUGUAAUAUGAGUUCUUCCUAUUGGUACUAACCAGGUCAGAGUAGUACUGUAAUAUGAGUUCUUCCUAUUGGUACUAACCAGGUCAGAGUAGUACUGUAGUAUGAGUUCUUCCUAUUGGUACUAACCAGGACAGAGUAGUACUGUAGUAUGAGUUCUUCCUAUUGGUACUAACCAAGUCAGAGUAGUACUGUUGUAUGAGUUCUUCCUAUUGGUGCUAACCAGGUCAGAGUACUACUGUAGUAUGAGUUCUUCCUAUUGGUAGUAACCAGGUCAGAGUACUACUGUUGUAUGAGUUCUUCCUAUUGGUACUAACCAGGUCAGAGUAGUACUGUAGUAUGAGUUCUUCCUAUUGGUACUAACCAGGUCAGAGUAGUACUGUAGUAUGAGUUCUUCCUAUUGGUACUAACCAGCUCAGCAUACUACUGUAGUAUGAGUUCUUCCUAUUGGUACUAACCAGGUCAGAGUACUACUGUAGUAUGAGUUCUGCCUAUUGGUACUAACCAGGUCAGAGUACUACUGUAGUAUGAGUUCUUCCUAUUGGUACUAACCAGGACAGAGUACUACUGUAGUAUGAGUUCUUCCUAUUGGUACUAACCAGGUCAGAGUAGUACUGUAGUAUGAGUUCUUCCUAUUGGUACUAACAAGGUCAGAGUAGUACUGUAGUAUGAGUUCUUCCUAUUGGUACUAACCAGGUCAGAGUAGUACUGUAGUAUGAGUUCUCCUAUUGGUACUAACCAGGUCAGAGUACUACUGUAGUAUGAGUUCUUCUUAUUGGUACUAACCAGGUCAGAGUACUACUGUUGUAUGAGUUCUUCCAGUCAGAAGUGAUGUGUGUUUUACUUCAUCUUCUAUCUGAUCUGAUGAUGCUGUUUGAUCUCUCUAAUAGACCCUGUGCCAGGCCCCCUUGACCUCCAGGCCAGUGAGGUCACCACAGAGAGCUUCCGGGUCAGCUGGGGUCACUUUGUUCCGGGCAUCGUCCUCUACAAACUGACCUGGGCUUCUAAUGAUGGAGAGGACACUAAGGAGGUCAGUACUGGGACAACCCACUAAUGAGGUCAGUACUGGGACAACCCACUAAUGAGGUCAGUACUGGGACAACCCACUAAGGAGGUCAGUACUGGGACAACCCACUAAUGAGGUCAGUACUGGGACAACCCACUAAUGAGGUCAGUACUGGGACAACCCACUAAUGAGGUCAGUACUGGGACAACCCACUAAGGAGGUCAGUACUGGGACAACCCACUAAUGAGGUCAUUACUGGGACAACCCACUAAGGAGGUCAGUACUGAGACAACACACUAACGAGGUCAGUACUGGGACAACACACUAACGAGGUCAGUACUGGGACAACCCACUUAGGAGGUUGGUACUGAGACAACACACUAACGAGGUCAGUACUGGGACAACCCACUAACGAGGUCAGUACUGGGACAACCCACUAAGGAGGUUGGUACUGAGACAACACACUAACGAGGUCAGUACUGGGACAACCCACUAACGAGGUCAUUACUGGGACAACCCACUAAGGAGGUCAGUACUGAGACAACACACUAACGAGGUCAGUACUGGGACAACCCACUAACGAGGUCAGUACUGGGACAACCCACUAAGGAGGUUGGUACUGAGACAACCCAAAAGGGAAAUCAGACCUGUAUCAAUACAUUUGUCAAAUGCUUCCUAAGACUCUUCAUGCUGUGUAUUUAGUUUGCCAGGUAAAAUAGAAUCAAUGGAAUAGUCCCAAAAGUGCAAACUCCAAUAUCCAUAUGCCAAGUUAGAUACUUUACUUGAUUGGGUGCCUGAUUGACUAGGUUUUUAGAGGCUGAUAUAACUGUGAUCAUGCCUCAGAUCCAAAGUGUUGAUAAUCUGUUCUUAACAAGAGAACAUCAGCUGCAGAAUGACACAAUGCUCCAGUCUCUAGCCAGCUGGUGAAAUAUUAGCCUGGUACCAGAUCUGUUUGUGCUGUUUUGCCAACUCCUAUGACAGCAGCCAUUGGAGUUGGCUAUAAAGCACAAACCGUUAUGGGCCCAGGCUAGUGAAAUAUGCUCUCUGAACUGACUCACCACCCUCAUGCAUCACCUGGGCCUGGCCUUUUCCUGGGUCCUGACUGACUGCUGUAGCUAGCUGGUCUUUCCAGAUAGCACAGCAGGACUGCAGGUCGGUGUGUUUUCCUGGGAGUCACCGCUGCAGAAAAUAAUAUGUGUCCCAAAUCGCACCCUAUUCCCUGUAAAGUGCACUACUUUGGAUCUGAGCCCUAUGGGCCCUGGUCAAAAGUAGUGCACUAAAUGGGGAAUAGGGUGCCAUUUGGACCGCAUACUGUGACUGUAGAGCUGUGAGUCUGUGACUCUGAGGUAGGGUGGUGGAAUGUUACACCACUGAGACCCAAAACGCUCUGUCGAUCUGGAGAGGAGAGAUUUUCCCACAAAACCCACCAAUGCAGACUAGUUGAGGUAAUCCAUGAGAGAGCAGUGUAUGAUAAUGAUAUUGAUCAAAGCAUGUGUAUUUUUAUCCUUUCUGUUUUGUAUUCUCUCUUAUUUCUCUCUCACCAUAUCUCUCUUUCUUUCUUUCUUUCUUUCUUUCUUUCUUUCUUUCUUUCUUUCUUUCUUUCUUUCUCUCUCUCUCGUCUCUCUCUCUCUCUUCUCUCUCUCUCUCUCUCUCUCUCUCUCUCUCUUCUCGACACCUCUCUCGCUCGCACCUCGCACUCUCUCUCUCUCUCUCCGUCGCUCCAUCUCUUUCCCUCUCUCUCCCAUCUUUCCUUUAUUUCUUCUUUCUUUCUCGUCUCCCAUCUCUCUCUCACUAACAUCUCUCUCUCUCCAUCUCUCUCUCAUCUCUCUCUCUCUCUCUCCUCUCUCCUCUCCUCUCUCUCUCUCUCUGUCUCUCCUCUCUCACUAACUCUCCUCUCUCUCUCUCUCUCUCUCUCUCUCUCUCUCUCUCUCUCUCUCUCUCUCUCUCUCUCUCUCUCUCUCUCUCUGUAUUCUAGAUGGUUCUAAGUGGUGAUGUGGACUCCUUCCUCCUCAGUGGACUGAGCCCUAACACGGAGUAUGAAGUGAUGCUCCAAGCCAUUUAAAAGCCCAAUCAGAAAAAGGUGAUGGAUUUUUAGUGGUGGGGGACAACCGUAAGAAACAAUCCCAACUAAAACUCUUUCUCCAUCCCAGAAUAAAGCAGAACCUUUUCUCCAGCAGCAUCCCGCAAACCAUUUCCAGCAGCAUACAGCAAAAACCCAUUCCAUGCAGCAUACAGCAAAACCCAUUCCCAGGCAGCAUACGCAAAACCCUUUCUCUCAUGUUUAGUUUCUCCCAGUUUAAAACCCUUGAUUUUAAAAAAAAUCAAAAAAUAUCUUAUCUGCAAAAAGGGCCGGGUUUUCCCCUCCACCCAAAAUCAUUUUAAGGGACCCCAGAUUCAAAUAUUAAAACUAACACUUUGCAAAAAUACUUAAUUAGUUGAAUCAGAGGUGGAAAGCUUUGACUGAGCUGCAAGCCGCACCCCACAAAAGGGGUAUGAAAAGGUUGAAAAAAUCUAAACUGUAAAUUUCAUUCAUUCCAGUAUUGUCUUUCUUUGGUUGUCAAAAAUACCUGUGUCAUGUUUUUUCCCAUUGCCGGACAACAAGGGGUUCCCACUAAAAAGCCCAUGGUAAUAAAAUGCAUGUUGUGAUGGUUUUUUUAAAUUAUUUUAUGGUCGAAGGGAAAAGGCAUUUUUUUCAUGUUGUCCCCGAGCGUUUGCUCCCAAAAGUCUUCUGACUAAAUUUAGCCCGGGUCCAUCGGCUCUCAGGUCCAAGGGGGGAAAAAAAACUGGAUUUUCCCAAAUUAAAUAAAAAAAAGGGUUUUGGUUUUGUUUUUACAUUUUUUUAAAACUGGGUCGUAUUCCCUCGGGGCAAAAAGGUUUGGAGUCUUUAUUCUUUUUACCGGGUUAUAUCUGCUACUGGGCUCGAGUUAUUCCCGGGUGGAAUUUAGUUUUUUGUACCGGGUUUAUAUCGUAGCUAGGGCCCCCAGAUUUAAUUUCUGGUGGAUUUUUGGGUCUCUUACCUGGGUUAUAUUGCUAGCUGGGCCCUUCGAGUUUUUUUCCGGGUGGAUUUUUAGUCUCUGUACUGGGUUAUAUUGUAGCUAGGGCUCAGAUUUUAUUUUUGGGGUUUUUUAGUUUUUUGGGACCGGGUUAUUCUGCUAGCUGGUCGGGAAGUUAUUCCUGGUGGAUUUUUUGUUCUUUUUCCCGGGGGUUUAUCUUCUAGUUAGGGCUCAGAUUUAUUCCUGGGGGAAAUAUUUGGGUCUUGUACCGGGGUUUAAUUUUCUAGCUGGGGCUCAGAGUUUUUCCCUGGGGAUAUUUGGGCUCUUUUACCGGGGUUUAUAUCUUUAGCAGGGCUCAGAGUUAUUUGGGGGAAAUAUUUAGUCUUUUUUACCUGGGUUAUAUUUUGUUACUAGGGUCAGAGUUUUUCCUGGGGGAUUUUUUAGUCUUUUCCCGGGGUUUUAAAAGGGCUGAGGGCUCAGGGGUUUUUCCUGGUGGAUAUUUAUUUUCCCUUGUCCCGGGGUUAUAUUUCUAGCUGGGGGUUCAUUUGUAUUCCUGGUGGAUUUUUGGGUCUCUUUUUACGGGGGUUAUAUUUUCUAGCUGGGGGUCGGGAGUUUUUCCUGGUGGUUUUAUUUAGUUUUGUACGGGAAAAUCUUCUAGUUUAGGGCUCGGGAGUUUUUCCUGGUGGAUAUUUAGUCUCUUGUCCCGGGUUAUUUGAAGCUGGGGGGCCCCAGAGUUACCCUGGUGGAUAUUUAGUUUUCUUGUCCCUGGGUUAUAUGGCCUAGCUGGGGACCCGGAGUUAUUCCUGGGGAAUUUAGUUCUUGUCCCGGGGUUUGAUUGCUAGCGGGGCCCAAAGGAUUUUUAUUCCUGGUGGAUAUUUAGUCUCUUUUACCGGGUUUAAAUCUUUAGCUAGGGCUCGGGGGUUAUUCCUGGUCAGGUCAUGUGGUCAGGAAAACAUCCUGGCCCUAAGAGGUGGUUGCCUCUUUGGCAGGGGUUGCUUUGGUUUGGUUUUAGAAUGACUUCUUACUUGAGCAACGCUGGUAUAAAAUGACAGACUAAUCCUGGUUCACAAAGAUGGUGUUUGUUGACUGCUAUGUGUUGUUUAAAGUGCUUGAUGCUGAAUAUCAUGAUUGUGAUUGCAUAUGGUUGAUGAUGAGUCAUUUCAUGUUGUGUUAACUCAACUCUGUAUAUCUGGUCUCUUGUCCUAGCUGUUAUCAACUAAACUGACCUGGUCAAACGGAUUAAUAAGUCUAUACAAUGAAUAUCUCUGUGCUAUCUGUCCCCCUCCAGUGGCGCGUCAGGCGGUGAGAGGCCUACAGGUCCAGGAUGAGACCACCUACAGUCUGGAGGUGUCAUGGCAACUGGAGGACCCUAAGGUGGACCAGUACAGAGUCACCUACGUCAGCCUCACGGGAGACCGCAACGAGGAGUCAGUGAGUUUGGAGCCCGUUUAGAGGCAGCGUCUUGCAGUGAUCAUGAUCUGUGGUGUACUGAGUCACUCUGGAGACCUACUGAUUCUCACUAGUCUUCACACCGUCCUGCACCUUAGCAGCCGUGUUGUUGGGUAGUCUCCACACCGUCCUGCACCUUAGCAGCCGUGUUGUUGGUAGCCUCACACCGUCCUGCACCUUAGCAGCCGUGUUGUUGGUAGUCUCACACCGUCCUGCACCUUAGCAGCCGUGUUGUUGGUAGUCUCACACCGUCCUGCACCUUAGCAGCCGUGUUGUUGGUAGUCUCACACCGUCCUGCACCUUAGCAGCCGUGUUGUUGGUAGUCUCACACCGUCCUGCACCUUAGCAGCAGUGUUGUUGGUAGUCUCACACCGUCCAGCACCUUAGCAGCCGUGUUGUUGGUUGUGCGCUAGGUUGUCAGUGAGUAUAGAGAGAACUCACAGGAGUUACCAGGAGUCUUAAUGUCCGGAUGGUUUCCCACCCCUUUGGGAAUAUGGCCAAAGAUGGGCAGACAUAGACUGUACGUGGAGAGGCAAGUGCCACAGAGGGGAAGUUCAGAUGUCAUUUUGCUAUGGGGGUGUUGUAGGUAGAUCACUCCGUGUAACUCAGCUCUGAUCAGAAACCAAGCAUCUUCCUUUGAUGGUACGCAGAGGUUUGGCACCACAGAGUGAAAAUCAUCCCAGGGAGGUUAGAUCCUGAGGACAGGACAAGUAUGUAGCUGACCCAUCCGGGGGUUUGCCCUGAUGACAGGACAAGUUUGUGCUGAACCCAUCCAGGGAUUGAUUGUUUGACAGGCCCAAUUUUGUAGUUUAAACCCACCCAGGGUUUAGAUCCUGAGACGGGGACAAGUUAUGUAGCUGUACCCACCCAGGGAAGACCCUGAGCCCGGGACAAUUUUAGGUAGCGGUACCCACCCCAGGGGAGACCUGAUGACAGGAAAAGGGUAUGUAGUUUGCCCCCAUCCAGGGAUUAGAUCCGGGAUAAAAGGGGACAAGUUAUGAGCUGUCCCCACCCGGGGGUUUUAGACCCUGAGGGACGGGACAAGUUAUGUAGUGUCCCUUUCCGGGAUUAAAACCCUGAGCCCGGGGAAAAGUUCUGAGCUGUCCCCCACCCCAGGGUUUAGAUCCUGAGGCCCGGAAAAAUUUAUGUAGCUGACCCAUCCGGGGAUGAACCCUGAUGACGGGGAACAAGUUAUGUAGUUUGCCCCACCCAGGGAUUAGAUCCUGAGGGACGGGACAAGUUAGGAAGCUGUACCCACCAAGGGUUUAGAUCCUGAGAAGGACAAGUUCUGAGCGGCCCCCAUCCGGGGGUUUGGGACCUGAGGGAAGCAAGUUCUGAGCUGAAACCCAUCCGGGGGGUUAGACCCUGUGACGGGAAAAGUUUGUAGUCUCCCCACCCGGGUUUUUAAAUCCUGGGGACAGGAAAAUUUUCUGUAGCUGAAACCCCCCAGGGGUUGAUCCUGAUGACAGGACAAUUUUCUGAAAUUUUUAACCCAUCCGGGGGUUAGACCUGAUGACGGGAAACAAUUAUGUAGUUUACCCAUCCAGGGGUUAGACCCUGAGGGACAGGAAAAGUUAUGUAGCGGGUUACCCCCCAGGGGUUAGAUCCUGGGGACGGGGGAAAAGUUAUGUAG